AUGGCAGCAGUGAACACUGCUAUUCAGCUUUGGUGGAGCCCUGCACGCCCGUCGCUAGUGCCACAUUUGGCGCAGCCUCGCCUCGCUGCCAGCCACCUCGGAAAGCUCUUCCUCAAAGCUCUUCCUCAAAGCAGUACCCCUUCUCGCCAACGCACACCACCUUCUUUGCGACGCACUUCGGCUGCAACCAGUCUCCCUUUCUCGCCAAUCACUCGCAGCUUCCACUUGAGAAUGUCUGUACCGCGCGCAGUUCGCGCGCUGGUACCGGCGGCGGCGGCCAAGCGUCUCGCAUUUGUCUCUCGCUUCGCGUCCACGUCCGCUCCAGCCUCGUCUACCGCCGCGCGCAGGCCAUCGCGGCCGGCCGGGGCCGUCAAGAACGCGUCACCCGCACAGACAUCCUCCUCCUCUGCGAGUCGGCCCAUCCACUCUACGCGCACAGCCGCUGCCGCCCGCAGUGCCUCACCCGCAUCAGCUGCCACACCCGCCGAACCAGCCAGCCCAGACACCGCGCCGUUCGACCCGACUGCGCCACCCCUCCCCGAUGCCGCCGGCCCUGCCCAGGGCCCGGCUGCCGACCCCAAUGCCCCGGCCGUCGACUGGUCCGCGUCGUUCCAUGGCCUGUCGACCACGCCCUUUGCGCCCGAGGUGGCCCGCGUGCUCAUGACGCCCCUCGACCCCGAGGACAUUGAGAUCAAGCCCGACGGCAUCAUCUACCUGCCGGAAAUCAAGUACCGCCGCAUCCUCAACCUGGCGUUUGGCCCCGGUGGCUGGGGCCUCGCGCCGCGCGGCGAACUGGCCGUGGGCGAAAAGGUGGUCUCGCGGGAGUUUGCGCUGGUGGUGCACGGCCGGUUUGUGGGCCAGGCGCGGGGCGAGUGUGCGUACUUUGGCGGCGAGGACGGGGUGGCGACGGCCGGCGAGGGCAGCAAGUCGAAUGCCAUGAUGCGGUGCUGCAAGGACCUGGGCGUCGCGUCGGAGCUCUGGGACCCGCGGUUCAUCCGCACCUUCAAGAAGCAGUACUGCCGCGAGGUGUGGGUGGAGCACGUCGUCACCAAGAAGAAGCGGCAGAUUUGGCUGCGCAAGGACUCGCCGCCGGUGUAUCCGUACGCGCUGGCGACGUCGACGUCUUCGAGCGCAUCCAAGGUGGUGCGGUAG